UUUGAAGUGUCAGUGCGAGGCUUGGAAGGUGCAGAGAGGGAGCGGCUGAGAAGUGAUGUCCGGAGUUCACUAGUUGAGUGGUGUGUGCAGUGAGUGUGACCGCCGGCUCCAGGACACACACCGGCCGCACAGCUAUGAGACAGCUCUGUACAGGGUAAUGUUCCAGUCCAGACAUGCCUUACGUGGAUCGUCAGAAUCGCAUUUGUGGCUUCCUGGACAUCGAGGAACACGAGAACAGCGGCAAGUUUCUUAGGAGAUAUUUCAUCUUGGACACCAGCCAGAAUGGUCUGCUAUGGUACAUGGACAAUCCACAGAACCUCCCUGCAGGUUCUCCUUCUGUAGGGUGUCUUAAGCUCACCUACAUUUCAAAGGUGAGCGAUGCCACGAAACUUCGACCAAAGGCUGAGUUUUGCUUUGUAAUAAAUGCCGGCAUGAGGAAAUACUUUCUACAGGCCAAUGAUCAGCAAGACCUAGUGGAAUGGGUGAACGUCCUCAACAAAGCUACCAAAAUUACAGUACCAAAACCCAGUGACCAACCGUAUCCUGCUGACAGUGUGCACAACCAGCUGGAAUAUUCAGGCAGCAAGAAGCAGAUCUCCUACAGGACUGAAAUAGUUGGCGGCGUCCCCAUUAUUACCCCAACGCAGCAAGACAUAAGUGAAAGUGCCAACACUGGUGAUCGAGGAAACUUGAAACGUACUCAGAGUCAGCUCUGCUCUCCCUAUCGGCUUUCAGAAGGCGGUAUUAUAAAAGCUGGGUACUGUGUCAAGCAAGGAGCUGUGAUGAAGACCUGGAAAAGAAGAUUUUUUCUUCUAGAUGAGAACACAAUAGGAUAUUUUAAGUCUGAUAUGGACAGAGAUCCGCUUCGCAUGAUACAGCUGAGGGAGGUGCAGAAGGUGCAGGAAUGCAAACAAAGUGACAUAAUGAUGAGGGACAACUUAUUUGAAAUAGUCACGACUUCUCGAACGUUUUACGUGCAGACAGACAGUCCUGAAGAAAUGCACAGCUGGAUUCGAGCCAUAUCUGGCGCCAUUGUAGCACAACGUGGGCCGGCCAGAUCUGCAGCCUCUGUGUUUUUAAUUCCCACCCUGCCCUGUCUCCCCGCAGAUGCGACAGGUCAGACGUCUUUCAAAUCCCUGUAUUCCGAGGAGAACCCCACCUUAUACUCUGACUCCAGCUCCUCUUCUCGCUCCUUCGGUCUCCCUCACCCGACCGCCCGAGCUCAGCACUCUGACCCCGGGCCUCUUUAUCGGAACAGGGAUGACUCUAGCACCAAUACCAAGAACCAGCCAGGACAUCUUAAGAUCCCGUCUGUCUCUGCAGGAAACCAAGCUGGCAAAAUGACUCAAUCUGUGCCCAGCGCCAUUAGUCUGUUUGAAUCGGGGAUUGUUGACUUAGAUGAUGCCAGCUUGCCAGUCACUGAUGUCUGAGGCAAAUGCAAGGAUGCGUGGGAUGAAAUCUGGAUAAAAAAUACAGCUUUGCCAUUCAGUUUUUGUCUUAUAAUGCAAAACCUCCUCCUUCUGACCUGCCAUUUACUUUCAGUGGUAAAGAAUUUUUUUGAAUGUUUUAUUCCACCGGGUCUGUAGGACCAAUGCAAUAAGAUGCUGAAACACAUUCCCAAAAGUCAAGAGCUUUCUUCUACGGCAGCCAAAGCGAGAGAGGAUUGACUUUAGCCCAUUUUCUGGAACUGUGUGACACCGGUCACUGAGAGCAUGCCGCAUUUGGCAUGGAGUGCCUUUUUUGCCCUUAUAGUGGUUUUUCUUGCAAAGUAAUUUCGUUCUUGUGCUACAGCUAGCACAUACUCCUUAGUGCAGAGGUCAGCAACCUCCGGCACUCCAGGUGUGGCGAAACUACAUCUCCCAUCAUGCACACUUGCUUGGCUGUUCUCUGAACUCCCAGAGAAGU